AGAAUAAAGGAAUCAAGAAAAAAGCAAGUGAGUGCAAAGGGUUAACUGUUCUUCAUCUUCAUUGAGGUUAUAAUCAGAUACUGAUAUUAGCAGAAUUGAAUGAUAUGAGACUAAAGGAAAUAAUUUUUGACAUAAAGAUAAGAGAAAUCCUGGGGACACAGAUUUUUAACAGAAUGAUGGGGAUAUAGUCUCAUAGCAGUUUAUCUAGCUGAGUUAGGAAUUUAUCUAUAUUUCUUCGAUUUCAAAGAUUGUGAUGAUUUCACAAGAAUAUUUAUCGCAGCUCUUUGAACAGAGGAGAGAUAAAUAUUACUUAUCAGAGGAUUUCUCUGGGCAUAUAUGUUUAUAAACCAGAUCCACAUAAAAGAGAUGGUUUUGAAUAUAAUUACAUUUUUCCAUGAACAUUUUCAUGUCUUCUAAAAAUAUUACACUCUGUAAGGGUAAAAAUUUAAGCACACAUUGUAUGUGACUUCUGAUCUCCUCUCUCUCUCUCUCUCUCUUUCUCUUUCUUUCUCUCUCUCUCUCUCUCUUGUUUUUUCUUUCUUCCAACAUCAAAGUAAUUAUAUUUCCCCUUGAGGCUUAUUCAACUCUCCCUGCCUUCCCUUGGUUUCGCCAGCAGGUGGGGUACUAGCUCCUUUUAAAAUCAUCAGCCCCGAGCCUCGGGACCAACUUUCUCACCGAGGGGAUUGUCUUACCUGCCCCCCAUACUUGUUCUAAAAGGCCCCCAGGUGAUGCUGUUGAGCCCUGACCUGAGAGUGGGAAGGGGAGGUGUAAGUUGAGUGAGUGUCAAAUCUGAAAUAGUCUCUAGGAUGUACGUGGCUGAUCUUUUUGAGCCAAUGGCUUAUGUUUCGAGUAACUUGAAUUUUACCAGAAAUACAUGUAAAUCUAUUUGGUAACAAGUGUAUCAAGUUUUUCUUGCCAAUUUGAUCUAACCUUAUGGUUUAGAAGAAACCAUAAUUGAAGUUAGGAAACCUUGACCAUUAUGUUAAAAUAGGUCUUAGUUAUAGUAGAAAUCACAGAAUCAAGUCAUUAGAAUUGAAACUGUUGUUGGGUUGCAAACUAGGGGAAAAUUAUGUAUACUGUAAACACAUUGUGUUAGAAAGCUGAGCAUAGAUUCUUAUUCUUUCUUAAGCUGGAACAUUAUUGACUGUGUUUUUAAGAUUUAACCGCCUUAAGGAAAUUUUCACUUACAUUUUUCUAGAAUGAAAAGUAAAUUUAAAUUUCUUACUUUGAAACCAUAGUGAGUGAUACUGAGUUCCAUUUUGUUUAUUUAUUUUGCUUUUAAACAUUUAUUUUAUUGUGUGUUGAAGAAAAGGAAUAGGAGGCAAAUGCCUGCUACAUGGCAGGAACAUACAUUUAGCUAUGCUUUGCGACUUUUUAUCUUCUAGGCUAGCAGUAAUGACAUUUAAAGCAAUAAUUUUGGGCACGUCCUGCUCCACAAUGCACAUAUAUAGUAUGGCCAUCAAACAUGUAAACAUCAAGAUAUUUGGAGGAGUCUAAUUAUUUAAGUUCCAUUUUAGAAGGCAGCAAAAAGAUCCAUUUUUCAAAGAUAUGUCAUAGGUUAUAAAUGUAUUCUAAAUAUGGGUGGUGAAACUGAAUUAUAAGAACGCUUUUAAGAUUUACAGACACCAAGUCAGAAUCAGAAGUUAGAAGAUUAUUUGACAAAGUUUCUUUUUGAACAUGCAUUAAUUUUUGGACUGCAGUGAUUAUUGAGGUUUAGGCUUAUUUAAUGCUAUAAAAAAUCUGAGAAUAGUGAUAGUAUGUAAGUUUGAUUCUCAAAAACAGUAACUAUAAAUGUCCCAUUUAUGCAAUGUGAAAUUACAGUGUCCCAUAACUUCCACCCUCCUUGGACGAUAUAAAAGUCAUCUCAUGGCCCUAAUGGACAGCAGACUGUAUUCCCCUUGUUUAAAAAUAAAUCAGUCUCUUUAACACAGUAACUGAGGAAAAAGAAUGUAGUGAGAGUUCUCUUUCUUUGACUUUGUGCUUCGGUUUUCUUGGGCAGCAAAAAUGAAGCCUGAAGCCUUAGCUCCUUCUGUACGUGGGUUUUAUUUCUCACAGCAGCCUAGUGUCUAUUUAACAUAUGGGGAGUGGUUUCAAGUUCAUUACUGAAGCUUAUAGGCUAAAGUGCUUUGUGGGCUCGGCUACGACUUAAGUUGCCUUUAGGGAGUUGCCAAAACCGGGCUUGGGAACUGGACGGCUUUCCCUGUUUAUGUGGGUUCCUAGCGUAGUCAGUUUUUUCCCCUCUCAGCUAUCAGCUGCUUUGGAGGUUAGUUCAUAGUAAGGAGUCCUUCUUUAAAGUAAAAUGGAGCGACUACUUUCACGGGGACACCAGUCCCUCUGCAUUUACUCUGUCCAAAGCUAACAUGUCGCUGAAAAAUGAGCCAAGGGUAAAUACCUCUGCACUGCAGAAAAUUGCUGCUGACAUGAGUAAUCUGAUAGAAAAUCUGGACACGCGGGAACUCCACUUUGAAGGAGAGGAGGUGGACUACGAUGUGUCUCCCGGCGAUCCCAAAACACAGGAAGUGUAUAUCCCUUUCUCUGCUAUUUAUAACACUCAAGGAUUCAAGGAGCCUAAUAUACAGACGUAUCUCUCCGGCUGUCCAAUAAAAGCACAAGUUCUGGAAGUGGAACGCUUCACAUCUACAACAAGGGUACCAAGUAUCAAUCUUUAUACUAUUGAAUUAACACAUGGGGAAUUUAAAUGGCAAGUUAAGAGGAAAUUCAAGCACUUUCAAGAAUUUCACAGAGAGCUGCUUAAGUACAAAGCCUUUAUCCGAAUCCCCAUUCCCACCAGAAGACACACAUUUAGAAGACAAAAUGUUAAAGGGGAGGAGCCCCGAGAGAUGCCCAGUUUACCUCGUUCAUCUGAAAACCAGAUUAGAGAAGAACAAUUCUUUGGUAGAAGGAAACAACUGGAAGAUUACUUGACAAAGCUACUAAAAAUGCCCAUGUACAGAAACUAUCAUGCCACAACAGAAUUCCUUGAUAUAAGCCAGCUGUCUUUUAUCCGUGAUUUGGGACCAAAGGGCAUAGAAGGUAUGAUAAUGAAAAGAUCCGGGGGACACAGAAUACCAGGUUUGAAUUGCUGUGGCCAGGGAAGAGCCUGCUACAGAUGGUCAAAAAGAUGGUUAAUAGUGAAAGAUUCCUUUUUACUGUAUAUGAAACCAGACAGCGGUGCCAUUGCCUUCGUCCUACUGGUGGAUAAAGAAUUCAGAAUUAAGGUGGGGAAGAAGGAGACAGAAACAAAAUAUGGACUCCGAAUUGAUAACCUUUCAAGGACACUUAUUUUAAAAUGCAACAGCUAUAGGCAUGCUCGGUGGUGGGCAGGGGCUAUAGAAGAAUUCAUCCAGAAACACGGGACCAACUUUCUUAAAGAUCAUCGAUUUGGGUCGUAUGCUGCUAUCCAAGAGAACAUUUUAGCUAAAUGGUAUGUUAAUGCCAAAGGAUACUUUGAAGAUGUGGCAAAUGCAAUGGAAGAGGCAGAAGAAGAGAUUUUUAUCACAGAUUGGUGGCUGAGUCCAGAAAUCUUCCUGAAACGCCCAGUGGUUGAAGGAAAUCGCUGGAGGUUGGACUGCAUUCUUAAACGAAAAGCACAACAAGGGGUGAGGAUCUUCAUCAUGCUCUACAAAGAGGUGGAACUUGCUCUUGGAAUCAACAGCGAAUACAGCAAGAGAACCUUAAUGCGUCUACACCCUAACAUAAAGGUGAUGAGGCACCCGGAUCACGUGUCGUCCAGCGUCUAUCUGUGGGCUCAUCAUGAGAAGCUCAUCAUCAUCGACCAAUCGGUGGCCUUUGUGGGAGGGAUUGACCUGGCAUAUGGAAGGUGGGACGACAAUGAGCACCGACUCACAGACGUGGGCAGCGUGAAGCGAGUCACCUCGGGACCGUGUCAGGGUUCCCCCCCAGCUGCAACAACAGAGUCUACGGAAUCCUUACACCUGAAAGAUAAAAAUGAACCUGAUAAAAAUCUGCCCAUCCUGAACACUGUUGAUGAUAUGGAUUCAAAACUGAAAGGAAUUGGAAAGCCAAGGAGGUUCUCCAAAUUUAGCCUCUACAGGCAGCUCUACAAGCACCACCUGCACGACGCAGACAGCAUCAGCAGCAUUGAAAGCACCUCCAGUUAUUUUAAUCACUAUAGAAGUCAUCAGAAUUUAAUCCAUGGUUUAAAACCCCACUUCAAACUCUUUCGCCCUUCCAGUGAGUCUGAGCAGGGGCUCACUAGACCCAGCGUUGACACCAGCUCCAUCCGCAGUUUACAGACGGGUGUGGGAGAGCUACAUGGGGAGACCAGAUUCUGGCAUGGAAAGGACUACUGCAAUUUUGUCUUCAAAGACUGGGUUCAACUUGAUAAGCCUUUUGCUGAUUUCAUUGACAGGUACUCCACUCCCCGGAUGCCUUGGCAUGACAUUGCCUCCGUGGUCCACGGGAAGGCGGCACGUGACGUGGCACGCCACUUCAUCCAGCGCUGGAACUUCACCAAGAUUAUGAAAUCAAAAUAUCGGUCCCUUUCUUAUCCUUUUCUGCUUCCAAAGUCUCAAACAACAGCCCAUGACUUGAGAUAUCAGGUGCCAGGAUCUGUCCACGCUAAUGUACAGUUGCUCCGUUCUGCUGCUGAUUGGUCUGCUGGUAUAAAGUACCAUGAAGAGUCCAUCCACACUGCUUACAUCCAUGUGAUAGAGAACAGCAAGCACUAUAUCUACAUUGAAAACCAAUUUUUCAUAAGCUGUGCUGAUGACAAAGUCGUGUUCAACAAGGUAGGCGAUGCCAUCGCCCAGAGGAUCCUGAAGGCUCACAGGGAAAGCCAGAAAUACCGGGUGUAUGUGGUGAUACCACUUCUGCCAGGGUUUGAAGGAGACAUUUCAACUGGCGGAGGAAAUGCCCUACAGGCAAUAAUGCACUUCAACUACAGAACCAUGUGCAGAGGAGAAAAUUCCAUCCUUGGACAGUUAAAAGAAGAGCUUGGUAAUCAGUGGAUAAAUUACAUAUCAUUCUGUGGUCUCAGAACACAUGCAGAGCUUGAAGGAAACCUUGUCACGGAGCUUAUCUAUGUCCACAGCAAGUUGUUAAUUGCUGAUGACAACACAGUUAUUAUUGGUUCUGCCAACAUAAAUGAUCGAAGCCUGCUGGGAAAGCGUGACAGUGAAAUGGCUGUCAUUGUGCAGGACACAGAGACGGUCCCUUCAGUAAUGGAUGGAGAAGAGUACCAAGCUGGCCGGUUUGCCCAAGCUCUUCGACUACAGUGCUUUAGGGUUGUCCUUGGCUAUCUUGAUGACCCAAGUGAGGAGAUUCAGGAUCCAGUGAGUGACAGAUUCUUCAAGGAGGUGUGGGUUUCAACAGCAGCUCGAAAUGCUACAAUUUAUGAUAAGGUGUUCCGGUGCCUUCCAAAUGAUGAAGUACACAACUUAAUUCAGCUGAGAGACUUUAUAAGCAAGCCCAUAUUAGCUAAGGAAGAUCCCAUUAGAGCUGAAGAGGAACUAAGAAAGAUCCGUGGGUUCUUGGUACAAUUCCCCUUCUAUUUCUUGUCUGAAGAAAGCCUACUGCCUUCUGUCGGAACCAAAGAAGCCAUAGUGCCCAUGGAGGUUUGGACCUAAGAGUUAUACUCAUUUGCAGCUCAAAGACUUCCACCCUGAAGACCAUACUGCACACAGUGACUUCCUGGGGACGUCACAGCCCAAGCCAGGCCUGAUGCACUCCCAUAUGCAACCCAUGGGCCCUUUGGAAUGACUGGGAAGGGCUGCAGUCAUACUAUGAACACUGAACAUCAGCAAGGCUUUAUAAAUCCUUCUGCCUAACCUCAUGAAAGAAGGGCUGCAGUCUUAUUGGUAGCAUGUACUCAGCAACUUAGAACACAUACUCAAAUUCCAUGACGUAUGCCAAAAUCCAUUUCCUUUGUGACCAUAAUUUACCUGUAACUGUGACCCAGGUUGCCAAAAGUUGCCUGAAGCUCCUUAUUCUUCUCUGAUCUUCAUUUAUGCAGCCAAUGUCUGCUGGACCUGCCCUCAUCUUGUAGUCCAUACAGGCAUUGUUUGAGAUACUGUUUAUUACUAGAAGCUAUUGUGAUUCUUCAAGGUUACACGGAAUGCCCCUGCCCAUGUGAUCCUACAGUAGUGUUCACCCAACCAAGGACUUAGUCAUUUUUCCUUUUCAGUCACUGUACUGAUAGGACAGACUUCAGUCUACACAGCAGCCUGUAUUAGGCACUUCUGAUAAUGUUGACACUGUAUCUUGACACCACAGAGCAACAGGAAGGAAUUAAAUUCCAAUAUUGAGGCAGAGAUUUAUUUCACUUUGCUCCCAAAGGCACUGACAAGAUGUGUCCUUGUGAUUAGACCCGCCUGAUCAAAUUUUAAA